AUGUCAUCAGGUUUCGUUUCAGCCGGAACAAACGAGAAGCCGAUCGAGCGGGACGAUGAGUGGCUCAGAGCGCAGCAAGAGCUCGAGGAGGAGCGGAGACGUAAGGCCGAGAUAGGGAAGCAGGAUGACGGCAAAAGUCUCUUUGAGGUGUUGGAGCGGAAUAAAAUGGCCAAACAAGAAGCAUUUGAAGAGAAAUCACGUCUCAGAAACCAAUUUCGCUCCCUCGAUGAAGACGAAGUCGAAUUCCUGGAUUCUGUUCUCGAGUCAACACGCGCCAAGGAGGCGGCUGUGAAGAAGGAGACGGCGGAACAACUUGAAGCCUUCCACCGACGACGCGAAGAGGCGCAGAAAGCACUGCUGGAAUCAACGUCGGAUGCGGCACCAGCGCAAGGACAGGAAUGGACUGCACUGGCUCGCAAGAGGCGGAGUGAUAAACAGAAGAACUCAUUGAUUGCAGGGAAGAAGCGCAAGGCUUCAGUGACCGAGAAGACCGCAGGGAAGGACACACAGAAUGGGGAAGACUCGGAGAAACAGUCUGAAGCUGGCGGUUCAAGUACCAAAAAGCUGGACCAAGGGACUUCUAAGUCCGAUAAAGCCAGACCUUCUUCCACACAGUCCAAGGUAGUGACAGAUACAGAGAAGGGGCAAGUAAAGCCAAAAAGCCCGACAAAGCCAACCCCAGUUUCGCUUGGCUUGGGAGGAUACAGCUCAGAUUCUGAAUGA